UAUUGGUGUAAAAUUGUCUGUCUCUCUCUCUCACAUUUAUGAGUCAUUCUAUACUGUGGACAUGUACGGACAAUGUUUUGUGAGCGGCAGCGUGGUAUUGGAUUUUUGUACACUAGCUGGAGUUCGCUGAACUUUUCAUCACAGACCAGUGUUGUAUGGAGUUCCUUCUGAUUCACUUUCGUACGGUGGAAGUUAAAAGUUCAGAGAUGAUACUUGUAAUUAAAACUUGUGUCUGACCAGUUGUUUUUAUAGUUUUAAGAAAGGAAUGUCAUUCUGCUAACAGAGAUUAAAAGAGAAAAUAAUGGAUAUUCACGUACAUGGUAGAUGUCCAGUUUUCCUGUAUUGUUUUCGAACUUCAGAUCGAAUUUAGAUGUAGAUGACCCAUAGAUGCUGUUUUGUGAUCAACACUUUACUUUAACAAGAAACGACAGUUAUCCUGCUUGUAUUGUUUUGAAACCUGCACAACUUUGUUUUAGAAAGAACAUAAAAACUACAGAUACAUGAAUAUAUCAAUAAGUUAUUCUGUUUAUCCUUUUGAAACCUGCACAGCUUUGUUUUAACAAGAAAAUAAAAACUACAGGUAUAUAUUAUAAAAUAAAAAAAUAAUCAUAUUUGUAUUAUUUUGAAAUCUGCAUAGUUUUAUUUUAUCAAGAACAUAAAAACUACAGGAAUCUAUUACAAACAAGUGGUCCUGUUUGUAUCAAUUUGAAACCACAGCUUUCUGUUAGAAUAAAAUGAACUAUUCUUUAAAUCUUAACUGAUUGUUUUUGACACUUUGGACUAAUUACUAUGGUACAUUACAUCAUUCUCAUGGAUGUUUUGGGGCAUUUUUCAUACUGGACAUUCAGCUAUCAAGGAAUGUUAAUAGAAUGUGUUUUGAGAUAACCGUUUACUAUUUUAACAUGGUCACCACCGAGACAUGACAUGUGUAAUUUGUAUUCCCAAGGAGAAAUUUGCAGGUAAUGUUUCAAAACAAAACGCCUCUGAUUUCGGAUUGCAGCAGCACCUCACUACCGAAGAGAUUGUCGUCAUCAUGACCAUGGGAUCGGUUACCAUGACAGCCAACUUCAUCGUUCUCAUUGCUUCCAAGUUCACGGGUGGUGGACAGAGCCCGACUCUGGUGUUCGUGCGGAACCUGUGUGUCAGCGAUGUGCUGGUGGGAGCGUAUGGAAUAUUCAAGAUGAUCAUGUACUUAUUCCUCGAGGAUCUACUCAUCGACUUCUUCCUUCCCGAGAGUCUCUUCUUCACUGCUUCCUUGGCGUACGGUCUGUCCCUUCUGUGCCUCAACCUCGACUGCUUCAUAAGACUGAGUCGGCCUCUGCACUAUGUGCAGCACCUGGAUAAGAAGAACAUGAUCACAGUGAUGGUUAUCUUGUGGAACCUGUCGUUCAUUGUCGGGUUCCUGCCCCAGGUCGGGUGGAAGAACGUGGAGUUCUCACAUCGGUUCUUCAGGUACUACUCGUGGCACUACCUGCUAUUCGUGAUGGUCCUGCACAUCCUCAUCCUUCUCUUCAACUGCAUCACGCUGAUAUUCGUGAAGAGACACAUUACCAUUAUAAGAUCGUGUCGUCACUUCAUAUCGCCAACCAGCUCAAACUUCCGUCACUAUUGUCAUCUCGUCGUGACGUCACUGAUUGACGUGUGUUUCUUAGUGCUUUGUUACGUGCCGCUGUUCGUGUAUUUUGCAUUUUAUUGCAAUGUGUGUUUGCACGCUGGAGAUUCAUCCGGAGAUGUGAACAUCGUGUAUUUCAUUCCUGUGUUUCUUGUCAAGUCUUUCGUCAGUGCUAUCGUUCACGGAUACAGAACUGCUCAGAUAAAUGAGGUCAUGAAGGGGUUGAGGAGACGAGUUUCGCAGAUGGUGCAGAAAUCUCGCCACAGAGACCAUUCAGGAAAGAUGACGAGCAUUCAGUCGAUUGCUUACGGAGAUUCUGCUGACUGUAUUGUGUGUGAUAGGCCUUCCCAUAGAUGCAAACAUUCAAAGACAAAGAGAUCCACUGAUACACAAAUAGAAAUCAUCUUAGACUCGCAGAUGACCUUGACCGAGGUCCAUAACAAUCACAACCAUGACUCUCUGGAGAUGACAAAACUCUAAUAAAUACUGGUUCUUG